AGUUUGAAUUUCAGAAGCGGUUGGAAAUGUUCGUGUCUUUUCAAAGUGUAUUUCUUUGUACUUCGGACUACUUUUUUUAAAUUAUACACGCUAAGACUGUGUGAUUUCGUGUGACAAGGAUUUCUACACUACAAAACUAUAUCUGUUAGUUACUUCGUUCGGACCAACGCAUGAUUUGACUUCCUGUACUGUGCUGUCAACAUGGUGUCUCUGGACAAGGGCCUGCAGCGCCUGGAGGAGACGGAGAAAGACCUGUUCAGCUUGAUCAACAGCAGCAACGCGGAGAACGCCGUGCGGGCUGUUAGGGAGAAGAGACAGCUCCUUUUCGAGCUGCAUGCCAACGUGGAGAAGAGCACCACGCAGCUCCUCAGCGAUUUAGUGCAGGCACAGGAGCGGGUGGGUCAGAAGCUGCUGGACAUGGAGAGCCAGAAGAAUGAGGUGACGCGUGAGCUGGACAGUAUGGAGCAUGAGUUGCAACGCUACCGGGCUCGUAGCCACACCAUGGAUGCAGAGAUGCAAUUUCUUCAGCAGGAGCUGGAGAAUUUGCGCAGCUCAGAGAAGGACAUGCAGGCUCUGCAGCAGGAGGUGGACGAAGACACCACAGAGGUUAUCCCUUCAGCCAUAUAUCUGGCUCAGCUCUACCACAAGGUCACCAAGAUAAAGUGGGAGCACAGCUCAGAGCCUGGAAUUCUCCAAGGAGUGCACUAUGGAGACGAUCUUGCAACUCCCAUCAACGUUGACACCUCCAUGCAGUCCAAGUGUGCCAUCAGUGAAUACCUGUGGAACUUUGUCAGCACGGAGUGGUAGCGCAAGAUUCGGUGGAUGGUCAGCUGUUUAUAUUUAUCUGUCCAAGCAUACGUGUUUCUAUUUGUUUGUUUGUUUGAAAAUAAGUAAUAAAUUUUGUUUGUAUUUGC